GCUCUCAGCUAAUAAUGGGCGCCCCCUCAGCCUGGCCCCAGGGGAAAUGGAAAUUCUUUGCCUGCCUGCUGCUCGUGAGGAUCUUCUUGCCUCCUGCUUAUAAUAGAAAGUCCUGACUGUCUGUGGCCUGCACCUGGGGGCCUGAGCGGCCCUGUUUGCUCUGUCAUCCACCUGUUGCAGGAGAUAGUGCCAAGCCCUCCACCUCUGCCAUGGGCUGUGACCUUGCCUCUACCUGAAUUCAGAGUGUUGUCCUACUCUGCGACCAUGAUUAGUGGGUGUUGUCCUGGCCUCUGCCUACAGCAGGGGCCGUUACGAUGCCCUCUUGAAGACAUGAGGUUGUCCUGUCUGCCUCCUGAAACAGGCUGUUUUCCAGCAUUCUGUCUGUAAGAGGGAUGGCAGCCGACCAUUCACCUACCCUUGACUAUAAUACAGCCACUGUCCCAUGCUCCGAGAUGAUGUGGGUAUUGUUCUCUUGGCCUGACCUGACUGUAACAUGCGUGGCCUGCUCACCAGCUAUUUAACGGGGAUAUUGUCCCCCUCCGCUGACUCUGAAGGAUGCUACCUUUGCUGCCAGACAGAAACAAAAGGGUCUCUCAGCUGCAACGGUGGUGCUGCGGUGCUGCUUGCCUCUCACCGGACCAUGGGCUGUGGCUGCAGCUCACACCCGGAAGAUGACUGGAUGGAAAACAUCGAUGUGUGUGAGAACUGCCAUUAUCCCAUAGUUCCACUGGAUGGCAAGGGCACGCUGCUCAUCCGAAAUGGCUCUGAGGUGCGGGACCCACUGGUCAUCUAUGAAGACUCCAAUCCGCCGGCCUCCCCACUGCAAGACAACCUGGUUAUCGCCCUGCACAGCUAUGAGCCCUCUCACGACGGAGACCUGGGCUUUGAGAAGGGGGAACAGCUCCGCAUCCUGGAGCAGAGCGGCGAGUGGUGGAAGGCGCAGUCCCUGACCACGGGCCAGGAAGGCUUCAUCCCCUUCAAUUUUGUGGCCAAGGCGAACAGCCUGGAGCCCGAACCCUGGUUCUUCAAGAACCUGAGCCGCAAGGACGCGGAGCGGCAGCUCCUGGCGCCCGGGAACACUCACGGCUCCUUCCUCAUCCGGGAGAGCGAGAGCACCGCGGGAUCGUUUUCACUGUCGGUCCGGGACUUCGACCAGAACCAGGGAGAGGUGGUGAAACAUUACAAGAUCCGUAAUCUGGACAACGGUGGCUUCUACAUCUCCCCCCGAAUCACUUUUCCCGGCCUGCGUGAACUGGUCCACCAUUACACCAAUGCUUCAGAUGGGCUGUGCACACGGCUGAGCCGCCCCUGCCAGACCCAGAAGCCCCAGAAGCCGUGGUGGGAGGAUGAGUGGGAGGUUCCCAGGGAGACGCUGAAGUUGGUGGAGCGGCUGGGGGCUGGACAGUUCGGGGAGGUGUGGAUGGGGUACUACAACGGGCACACGAAGGUAGCAGUGAAGAGCUUGAAGCAGGGUAGCAUGUCCCCGGACGCCUUCCUGGCCGAGGCCAACCUCAUGAAGCAGCUGCAACACCAGCGGCUGGUUCGGCUCUACGCUGUGGUCACCCAGGAGCCCAUCUACAUCAUCACUGAAUACAUGGAGAAUGGGAGUCUAGUGGAUUUUCUCAAGACCCCUUCAGGCAUCAAGUUGACCAUCAACAAACUCCUGGACAUGGCAGCCCAAAUUGCAGAAGGCAUGGCAUUCAUUGAAGAGCGGAACUAUAUUCAUCGUGACCUUCGGGCUGCCAACAUUCUGGUGUCUGACACCCUGAGCUGCAAGAUUGCAGACUUUGGCCUUGCACGCCUCAUUGAAGACAAUGAGUACACAGCCAGGGAGGGAGCCAAGUUUCCCAUUAAGUGGACAGCGCCAGAAGCCAUUAACUAUGGGACAUUCACCAUCAAGUCGGAUGUGUGGUCUUUUGGGAUCCUGCUGACGGAAAUUGUCACCCAUGGUCGCAUCCCUUACCCAGGGAUGACCAACCCGGAGGUGAUUCAGAACCUGGAGCGAGGCUACCGCAUGCCGUGCCCUGAAAACUGUCCAGAGGAGCUGUACCAACUUAUGAGGUUGUGCUGGAAGGAGCGCCCGGAGGACCGGCCCACCUUUGACUACCUGCGCAGUGUGCUGGAGGACUUCUUCACGGCCACAGAGGGCCAGUACCAGCCUCAGCCUUGAGAGGCCUUGAGAGGCCCUGGAGUCCUCCCCCUUUCUCUCCAACAUGACUUGGGGAGAUGGAUUCUUGUGCCAUAGUCACACGGCCUAUGCACAUAUGGACUCUGCACACGAAUCUCGCCCACAUGUGACACAUAUGCACCUUGUGUCUGUACACGUGUCCUGUAGUUGCGUGGACUCUGCACAUGUGUCUUGUACAUGUGUAGCCUGUGCGUGUAUGUCUUGGACACUGUAUAAGGUACCCCUUUGGCUCUCCCAUUUCCUGAGACCACAGAGAGAGGGAAGAAGCCUGGGAUUGACAGAAGCUUCUGCCCACCUAUUUUUCUUUCCUCAGAUUAUUCAGAAGUUCUUCGAGGGCCAGGACCUUAUCUAAUACCUCUGUGUGCUCCUCCUCAGUGCCUGGCCUGGCACACAUCAGGAGCUCAAUAAAUGUCUGUUGAUGACUAUUGUA